UACUGUUGCUUCCCGAACAAAAACUCCUUUUCAGCAGAAUCGAAUCGUCGGAAGAAAACCCUAGCGAGAGAAAACCUCCGUCGAGCCGAGGCCAAUGGCGUCGUUUGAUCAAGCACCUCCCGGGAAUGCAAAAGCCGGAGAGAAGAUCUUCAAGACCAAGUGUGCUCAGUGCCACACCGUCGAGAAAGGCGCCGGUCACAAGCAAGGACCUAAUUUAAAUGGCCUUUUUGGGAGGCAGUCUGGAACAACACCUGGAUACUCCUACUCUGCUGCUAAUAAGAAUAUGGCAGUGAUUUGGGGAGAGAACAAGUUGUAUGACUACUUGCUCAACCCUAAGAAAUACAUUCCUGGAACCAAGAUGGUUUUCCCUGGACUAAAGAAGCCACAGGAGCGUGCUGACCUCAUUGCUUAUCUAAAGGAAUCAACUGCCUGAUCCUUUUGGUUUAUUUGAGCCAAUUUUUGAAGAGUACGUUCAUUGAUGCGAAAUGUUUUACCUUUUUGACAUGACAAAACUUUGCAAUUUUUGAAAUAAAGAUCAUUAAUCACUCCAAAAUGUUUUAGGUUUCAGAGUUACAGGCAUGUAACCAAACAUUUUGUGUAAGAUCGAUUUGCUGAGGCAUUCUAUGAAACCUUUGCCAAUAUUUUAGU